AUGCCAGUAUCAAAUGCUAUUCUUGAUGUAGCUUUCACAGAAGAAGAACCUCCCAUCGCGGUGAAUCUGACGUUGAUGCAGCCCAUUGCAGACGCCCUGGUUGAGCGUAAAGUAACAAGUUACCCACUACCUCUUGUGCCAUUCUCAGAGUGGCUCAAAAAGCUUGAAUUGAGCACCAAGGACUUGCACCAAGAAACCAUGGAAUGCAUCCCUGCCAUCAAGCUUCUCAACUUCAUGUGUUCCAUGGCUCGAUCAGACAUCGCGAUCAGGACGUCCGGAGAGAUGGGCUCUGAAGCAGGUGGCAUGACUUUAUUCGCCACUGCCGUAGCCGAACGCGUCAGUCCAACGAUGAAGGAACUGAAGUCGCUGUCUUUGGCAGAUGCAGCGCAGUGGGUGGAUUAUUGUGAGGCAAUGAGGAUGUUUCAAUGA